AUGGCCAAAAAAUCGAAAUCUAAGUUGGUGGAGAACGUAAACCACCGCCUUCAACUGGUCAUGAAGUCAGGAAAGGUCUGUCUCGGCUUUAAAUCGACAAAGGCAACAUUGAGGAACGGAAAAGCAUUACUGGUAAUUAUGAGUAAUAACUGCCCGCCGCUGAGAAGAUCGGAAAUAGAAUAUUACGCAAUGUUGGCGAAGUGUGGAGUACACCACUACACGGGAGAUAAUAACGAUCUAGGAACAGCCUGCGGAAAGCAUUUCAGAGUUGGAUGCAUGGCAAUACUGGAUGCAGGAGAUUCUGAUAUCGUCCGCAGCGUCGAAUAA